GGACGAUGUAUGCAGCGCUGCGCGAGCGGGGACGUGUGCGCGGAACAUUGGCGGCCCGCGCGUCCUACCGUACCUAAUGUCCUGAUGCUGAUGUCUGUGGUCCCCCCUCUUACCCCGAGCUGAAAAGCAGGUCUCACGUAACGUCCCUGUCCGCUGUACAUGCUGGUGCCCCCGCUCCUUGUUUUCCUCUCCUCUCCUCUUCUCGCGUCUUUCUUGGUGCCCCCUGCCGGGGCGAGUCACGAACCCACGAACCCCCGCUGUCCCAGUCUGUCCGGUCCCCGUCCCUCCGCUCUUCCUCGCUACCGUUUACCGUUACCCGCACAUCUGUCCCCGGCAGCGCGCCGCGCCGUGUUGUCUGUCCCCCAUCUUGCUUGCGAUCGUGCGUCCUCUAGUUAGUAUUACGUAGUCAGCCCUCACGAACGCGAUAUGAUAAGCCGUAGCCGUAGCCGUAGCCGUAGCCCGUAGUCCUGCCUCCGAUUCCGCUCGUCCGAAUGUCCAGUAGUGUGCCAAACAAAGUCGUCGAAUCUCGCUGU